AUGAGGCUUGGUGGUGCUGUCAGCCGGCCCAGUAGCUGCUGCUAGAAUCCAAAGGGGAGGGAGAAACUAGUGGUGUGCUUGUUACCUGUGUGAUAAAGGAAGAAGAGAUCAGCCUCACCUUGUACAUCUUAGAUUUGCUUUUAUUUGUUACCAGCGACUGUUCAUGUAAUGCACUCCCUUAACCAGGAAAUUAGAACAUUCUCCCGGACUAAUCUCAGGAAGCAAUGCACCAGGGUGACAACAUUAACUGGGAAAAAAAUUAUAGAAACGUGGAAAGAUGCCAGAAUUCACGUUGUGGAAGAAGUUGAGCCUGGCAGUGGGGGUGGCUGUGGUUAUGUGCAGGACCUGAGCCUGGACCUGCAAGUUGGUGUAAUUAAGCCAUGGUUGCUGCUGGGAUCACAAGACGCUGCUCAUGAUUUAGACACAUUGAAAAAACACAAGGUUACUCAUAUUCUCAAUGUUGCCUGUGGAGUUGAAAAUGCUUUCCUCAAUGACUUUACAUAUAAGAACAUUUCUAUCCUGGAUCUACCUGAAACCAAUAUCAUAUCUUAUUUUCCAGAAUGCUUUGAAUUCAUUGAAGAAGCCAAAUUGAAGGAUGGAGUGGUUCUUGUUCAUUGUAAUGCAGGCAUCUCCAGGGCCGCUGCAAUUAUAAUUGGCUUCCUGAUGAGUACCGAAGAAAUCACAUUUACCAGUGCCUUUUCUUUGGUGAAAAAUGCAAGACCUGCUAUAUGCCCAAAUUCUGGCUUCAUGGAACAACUUCGAGCAUAUCAACAGUAAAAAAAAAUAUGGGAAUAAGUAAUUGGGCAUAAUAAAAUUCGUGAAACAGAUGAAGCCAACAGUUUGUGAGAUGGCAUUUUAACAGAUGAUGUGAAACUAUAACUUCUCAAUUGACCUUUUAAAACCAAGUUUUUAGCAUAGAAUAGCUGAAGCCAAAUCCUUUCCUUUUGCUAUCCUCAAAGUGGAAACUGAGGUGGCCUAAUUAUCUUGAGCUUCAGCCUAAAUUAAUUUAAAAAAAAAUAAUAUUGCUUAUUCUUCAGCAUUUAAAAUGCGUGAUGGAAUGCUUUUUUUGAAUUGCAUAGACCAGAUAACAUUGGUAUCACUGAUUAUGUUAACUUCUUUGGAGGAAAAAAGUAAAAGCAGAUUUGAAGUCUGUAUUUGAACAUUGAAAGAAGGAUGAAUUGAUUGUUGAAUACUUUUGGUGUUUUUCCUAUUCCAGUAACUGUUCUGAUGAAGAAAAAUGCUGAAAUACUGUUUGACUUGUGCAUGUAUUAGAAAAAUAGUUAUCACCUUAGAAAGAUUUCUUUGUCUGCAUUUCUUUUCCAAUAAAAAUAAAUAGCUCAAACUCCCUGAAGGGCAAAUUUACAACCAAAAGGUUUAUUCAGAAGGUAUACAAUUGUAAUAUACAGAGCAUUUGAAUAUCCUCUCACCAGAGUUCAUUGCCUUUUAAUUGUUUAGGGUUUUUUGUUGUUGUUGUUGUUAUUGUUGUUUUGUCCUUUACCUGUUUGGUAGCUUUUGCCCCCAACUCCAUUUGCUCCCCAUCCCUACCCCAUAUACACAGUAAUAUGUUACAAUAUAUUCUGAUUUAUAUAUUUUACUGUCAGGCAUCUCUUCUCUUUCUAGGUUCCUUUUAUACUUUUAUUGGGUCCUAUUUUAUGAAGUUUUUGGAAGCCUUAGAUUUCUGAAAAAUAUUCUUUAUACUAAAAAGCCUAUUUGUCAUGAGUAAACUUAAAGCUCACAUAGACAAUAAAACAAAAAUGGCUAUAAUCAAUUUCACUUGAUAUUGUUCACUUCUGUUGUAUACAAUUCUUUAAGAAAAGCAAAAAAAUUAAAAUUAAUAAAUAAUUUGGACCUGGUUCUCAUGGACACGUUUUCAAUCUCACCUCUGACUAUAGACCUUGAAUAAAUUAUUUCAUUGCCUUUGCUUUUGUUUCUCUAUUUGGGAAAGAAUGAUUUCUCAAUAUUACAAAACCACCUGGAGAUUUUCUCUCCCAGCUCUUUGAAACUUUUUUUUAAAAAAACAAAAGCAUUAUUUCUAUUAAUAUGUUAUUGCUAAUGAUAUGAAAUAUACAUCCCUAAUCCUGUUUGUGAAAUUUAUAUUACAAGUUUUUCAUUAGGGGCAGCAGGUUGUGCAGUGGAUAGAGCACCGGCCCUGAAGUCAGGAGGACCUGAGUUCAAAUCCGGCCUCAGACCAAACACUUG